CAUAUUGGAACAAAGCUUUCCAACUUGUAAAAAUUAAAUCCAUUAAAAAUAUUUGUUAUCACAGGCAGCACUUUUAACACACAAAGGGUGCCAGUGAUACAUUGGAAAAAAGAAACAUAUUUGUUUUCAGAAAAACUAGCUACAGGAAGAAGAUACAAGGAAGCACCAAAGAUUUUUAAAAGCCCAUCUCUGUUACCUGUGCAACAUACUUGAUGCACCACAAGUAACUACACUACUUUUAUGUAUAGAUAAAGAGAUGUUAUAUUCAAAUGCUGUUUUAAUGGUAAUAUCAGAUGAUUUCUUAGGUAAAAUAGUUAUAAAUAAGUUCAAUUAUAUUAAUUAUAAAUAAGAUAAUCAUGGGCUGCCCAGGCCACAAAUAUGGACACCUUUGUUCCAGCUACAUGUCCUUCUACUGCCCCUCCACCUUCUCUGAUCUCCCUCCUCACCCCUCUCUCAUCUACUCCUCUUUUUAAUUCGUUUUCUUUUUCCACUGCAUCUUCCCUCUCCAUACCUCCACGUGUGAUGCCUCUGCAAUUCUGUGCAAUGCACUCAGAUUUAAAUCCGUAAUAGAGAUACACACAACCUGGGUGCACUUAUUCCCACAUUUAGCUGUAUUUGCUGUUUGUUGAUCUUGAAAGAUAAAAAUUCAUCCUGAAUUAAAUUUCUGGGAGGGGUACCAUACCAAGACAGAAUGAAAAUUACAUUAGUGACAGAAAUUGUGCUCUACAAAAAUUCCAGAGUAUAUAUUAAUAUUUAUACAUCUGUAAACAAGGCACCAUUACAGAAUUAUACAUAAUAAUAAUUAUAAUUAUAUAUUUAUUUAUUAUAUAUAAUUAUUAUAUGUUUUCAUGCCUGCUUGAAUGUAUCUGUAAAGCCUGAAUCUUCCUUCAUAUAGGAACUUUCAGAGGCAUAGGAAAGGGAACUUAAAGAGAGUUCACAAAGGAGGAAAGUUUGGAAAGGUAUAGAGUGUGCAAAGAGAAAAAAGGAUAUGAUAAGAGGGUUAAAUGCAGAGAUCAAGAGAAGCUGAGGUGGUGCGAUUAGCAACAUCCAGAAAUGUGAGAGAGGAUAGAUCUGUGGGAACUAAAGAUGUGAGAUUAGAAAUGUCCAAAGGAAUUGAGGAAGUGAGGGAAGAAGCGUCCCGAAAGGAGAGAUUGGAGACAUUCAGAAACGGUGUAGAGAUGAGGUUAGAAACAUCCUCAGCAGUCGAUGAGGAUAACUCAGAGGAACCCUGAAAUGUGAAAUAGUUAAAAUCCGUGAAAUCUAGUGAUUCUGAAGAGGUUGAGGAGGUGUGCUCUGAGACGUGUAUGGAGGUCGGAGGGAUUUCACAGGAAACGUCCAAGGAAGCUGAGGAGGUGGGACUGGAGACGUCUAGGGAGGAUGAAGAAGUGAGACUGGAGAGGUCUAGAGAGGGAGAAGCAGCAGGACUGGAGAAAUCUGGGGAGGCUACUGAGGUGAGACUUGAGAGAUCUAAGGAGAUUGAAGAACUGUCGCCAGAGACAUCCAAAGAGCCUGAUGAGGUGAGACUCAAUAGGUCCAGUGAAACUGAAGAGGCGAAACUGGAGCGCUCCCAGGAAUCUGAAGAGGAGACACUGGAGAGCUCUAAGGAGAUUGAAGAGGAGGUACUGGAGAACUCUGAAGAGGCUGAAGAUGUGAGACUUGAAAGGUCCAGAGAAGAUGAAGUGAGACUGGAAAAGUCCACAGAGGAUGAAGAGCUCAGACUGGAUAGAUCCAAGGAAUCUGAAAAGGGAAUUUUAAAGCGUUCCAAGGAGGCUGAAGUCUUUACACUGGAGGGGUCCAGGGAGGCCAAAAAGAUGCUGUAGGAUAUUCAGACACCACACUGCUUACUGGUUAUGUAGAGAAAUUUAAAAAAACCUGCACAGAUGCACAUGGCAGCUUCAAGUCAAACCUGACUUCUGACUAUAAAGUGUCAGCCAAGUUCUUAGCUGUCCAUUCUACAAAAUCCGGCAUUAAAUGUUCUCUGGAUGAAGCCCGGAUCUGCAGAGCAGAAUUCAGAAACAGCAGGGAAAUUGUGUAGCUUGCUGAAUGUCCCUCAAAACUGAGGGCAAUAAACAGAAAAUAGAACUGGAUAGAGCAUC